CGCCGCCAAACGUGGAACGACGCAGUCCCGCCUCAGCCAGCACGCCAGUAUAAGUCUGUGGCGUGACACGCCUGUGCAGUGUGCACCCCGGGAGCUCACGCACGAUGCCGCCGCGCUCCGCCAAGCCGCCGCUGCUCAACGACGCACUCCUCUUCACCGCGGGCGCCGUUGUGGCCACCGUGCUGCUGCUCGCGCUCGCCAACCCGUUCCCCCAGACGCCCGGUUACUACGACGGAGCCGCCCUGUCCUCUGACUCCGGCUCGUCCGUGGGUCGUGCCGGCCGCACGUUCUACGAUGACCCGGCGCUGGCGUACACCGUGGACCGGCCCAUCACAGGGUGGGACGAGAAGCGCGCAGAGUGGCUGCGCGCGCACCCGGAGCUCUCCGGCGGCGGCGAGCGCGUCCUGAUGGUGUCCGGCUCGCAGCCGACGCCGUGUCGGUCCCCGGGCGGAGACCACAUUCUCACGCGGCUGCUGAAGAAUAAGGUGGACUACUGCCGGCUCCAUGGCGUGCAGCUGCUGUACAACACGGCCCUGCUGCGGCCCUCGAUGGACCUGUACUGGGCGAAGAUACCGGUGGUCCGCGCGGCUAUGGUCGCGCACCCGGAGGUGGAGUGGGUGUGGUGGGUGGACUCCGACGCCGUUCUCACCGACAUGGACUUCCGCCUCCCACUGCGCCGGUACCGCGCCCACAACCUCGUCGUCCACGGCUGGUCGCACCUCGUGUUCAAGGCCAGGUCCUGGACCAGCCUCAACGCCGGCGUGUUCCUCAUCCGGAACUGCCAGUGGUCGCUCGACUUCAUGGACGCGUGGGCUGCCAUGGGGCCCGACUCCCCGGACUACCGACGCUGGGGCGCCAUGCUCAAGUCCACGUUCAAGGACAAGGUGUUCAAUGAGUCCGACGACCAGUCGGCGCUCGUGUACAUGCUGCUGCAGAGGGGCAGCCGGUGGCGGGAGAAGGUGUUCCUGGAGAACGAGUACUACUUCCAGGGCUAUUGGUUGGAGAUCGUGGGGCGGCUCGGCAACAUCACGGAGCGGUACGAGGCGAUGGAGCGGCGGCCCGGAGCGGCCGCGCUGCGGAGGCGGCACGCGGAGAGAGAUCACGCGGCAUACGCCGCGAUGAGGGACGCGGCGCUGGCGGUGGCCGGGCUGGCGGAGAGUGGGGUGCACGGGUGGCGCCGGCCGUUCGUGACGCACUUCACGGGGUGCCAGCCGUGCAGCGGGCAGCGGAACGAGCACUACUCCGGGGGUACCUGCGACGAGGGCAUGCGCCGCGCGCUCAACUUCGGCGACAACCAGGUGCUCCGAACGUACGGGUUCCGGCACUCCGGGCAGCUCGGCGACGACGUGCAGCCGCUGCGGUUCGAUUACCCCGCGAGGCAGUGAGCCAGUGAAUAGUUAAGCGUCGUGGUUGAU